AUGGAUACACAGUGUGACAAACAUAGGCUCAAUAACAAUAGCCAGCUGAUCUUUGUGCCCCACAAAGACACCAUUCGUCUGCUGGAGGUGUAUGUGAAGCGCAGCCUGAGUCUAAAUGAUGGUGCCCCAGAGAGGGCUGAGAGGAAGGCUAAAUGGGUGACAAUGCCCCAAAGGCAGAGGCGACACUCCAGUGACCCAUCUAUUCACGUUUCUGAAGGAUUAGCUGACAGUGAAAUAGGUACUUUUGCUGGUGUUGAACCUCAAGCAAAUCUGUCAGAGACAAUUCCAGAAGAAAAGGAAAAAAAUACCCUGAAAAAAUCAAAAAAAUUCAAAAAGCCAUCACUGUGGAAAAGUUUUUUGGAAAUUUUCUCUAGGAAGGAUGCUGAUGAGAAAGAUGAUGAAAAGGAGAAUCCGACAGAGGUUCCUCUAACCAGCACCAAUGAUGAGGCCUUUGAGGCAGUGCCCACUUGCCUGCCCACUGCAACAGCUGCCAGUGUAACAAGGAGAAAGUCUACAAAGCGACGAACUGUGAAAAAACGUCUCUCUAGACGAUUGUCACAGCUGAAAUCCAAUAAACUUGAAGAGGUCAAUCCAGAUGACAUAUCAGUUGAAGCUGUUAUGAGUGUUGAACCAACAUACUCAUACUAUGAAAAGGUGUCAGAGGAACUUGAGAAAAUUGUUCACGAGGUCAAAGUAAAUGAGGAAACAAAACUUCUCACAGAUGAUGACAUUAUCAACAGAAUCAUUGCUUUGACAAAAGAACAGGGAGAUCUUAUUGAUAUUAAGAUUAAACAUAACCCCACAUUGAGCAACUUCUUCCACAAGAUGUCAUAUUCCUCUUUCCAAAGAUUAGCAGACGCAUACCUUGAAAACGAGGCCUCUCCUGUCCAGAAUCCGCUAACAGUUCCUCCCACUGCUCCUGAACUGGUCAAGCUGGCCUUCACCCUGGACUUCACAGCCAGAAUAGCUGGGCUCUCCAGACAAAACAUUGGUCACAUUACUGGCCUCGGGAACCGUUAUCUACAGGACAGAUUUGAAUAUAGACAGGCAUGUUCGGAUCAUCCGUGGUCUGACUGUGAUGACUGAAACGCUGCUACACGAGAUAGCUUAUUAUUAAAAAGUGAACUUUCUGUUGACUGUUUGUAUAACCUUUUAUGGAAAUGUUUGCUAGAAACCACUUAGGUUGCCUUUGUGGACUUCUAGUGAUAAUGACAAAAAGCAUUGGGUGACUUUUCAGUAUGUAGAGUUCACAGUUUCUGAAACUAACUCAGAGACGUUUUAACACUGAAUGUCAUUAUGAGAACACUACAGGAGUUGGAUUUUAUUGAGAAAAGAUACAAUUAAUGUGCAAUAUUGUUUUAUAUUUGUUUACAAAUGAGGGAUUGAAAAAACUAAACUGUGAUGUCACUAUUGUGUGUUCAUGAAUGCGGGCAUUCAUUUAUAAUUUAUUUAAAAUAAACUGGUAAUUACA